GACUAGAGGAAAUAAACUACGGCAUAAGAAAAACACGAACUAGACACAACUAAACAGACAUGUAACCGCUUUUAAAUACAGGUACGGGACAUUUGUCAGCCUUCCAGAGACGAUGUUGCAAGAAAGGUGAAAAAGCGGAAGAGAAACUCCCGGGAUCAAAUCAGAAGUGGAGCGCGACGUUUUUAAUCCAUGUUUGUGCGCGCGAUACUUUUGCAUUUUGAAAUCGAACACUAGUGGCGUUGGCGCACUUGGAGAGUUUCCUCCGCUUGUUUGAUUCAGUUUUGAUUUGCCGUGGCAACUUUUCCAGCAGCAGGACGGAUUUAUCCAGUCUACGGAUCGUCAUCAUCCCGUGAUGUUUCACUGUAUUCCCCUGUGGCGGUGCAACCGUCACAUCGAGUCGAUCGAUAAGCGCCACUGCUCGCUGAUGUUCGUCCCGGAUGAGAUCUAUCGCUACAGAGGGAGUUUGGAGGAGCUUUUACUGGACGCCAACCAACUCCGUGAUUUGCCCAAGCCAUUCUUCAAUUUGACAAAGUUGAGAAAGCUCGGUUUGAGUGACAAUGAGAUCCAGAGGUUGCCGGGGGACAUCGCCAACUUCAACCAACUCGUUGAGCUCGACGUCUCUCGAAACGACAUUAUGGAACUCCCUGAAAGCAUUUCAUAUUGUAAAACCCUACAAGUAGCAGAUUUUAGUGGAAAUCCUUUGACAAGAUUGCCAGGAAGUUUUCCAGAAUUACGGAAUUUAACAUGCCUUUCCAUCAAUGACAUUUCUUUGCAAGCACUUCCAGACAACAUUGGAAACCUCUGUAACUUGGUAUCACUGGAACUCCGAGAGAACUUACUGACAUAUUUACCAGAGUCUCUGUCUCAACUUCAGAAACUUGAAGAACUUGAUGUAGGGAACAAUGAACUGUAUAAUUUGUCAUCUACUGCAAGCUGGUUGCUCCAUCUGAACGGUGUCAAACUUGUUAUCUUGCAGCCGGAGACAAUAGGCUGUCUCAUCAGUCUAAAAGACCUGUGGCUGGAUGGAAACCAGCUGUCUGACAUACCACCGGAACUGGGCGGUAUGAGAAGCCUCACGUGUCUAGAUGUAUCCGAGAAUAAGUUAGAGCACCUCCCAGAGGAGAUGGGAACCCUGCUGUUCCUCACAGACCUCCUGGUGUCCCAGAACCUCAUUGACAUGCUGCCGGAGAGCAUAGGAAAAUUAAGACGGCUUUCGAUAUUGAAAGCGGAUCAGAACCGAUUAGUUCAGCUGCCGGAGAGCAUCGGCAACUGUGAGAGCCUCUCUGAACUGGUGCUAACAGAAAACCAGCUGGUUAAUUUGCCUAGAAGUAUUGGAAAACUAAAGAAACUGUCCAACUUCAACUGUGAUAGGAAUCGCCUAACAUCUUUACCGAAAGAGAUCGGUGGCUGCAGCAGCCUGAAUGUUCUGUGUGUGAGAGAGAACCGUCUAACAAGAAUCCCUCCAGAGCUCUCACAAGCUGCAGAACUGCAUGUUCUUGAUGUGUCUGGAAACAGGCUGCUGUACCUGCCACUGACCCUCACUACUCUACGACUCAAAGCGCUUUGGCUGUCUGAGAAUCAGUCUCAACCCCUGCUCACCUUCCAGACGGACGUGGACCCGGAGUCUGGCGAGAAGGUGCUCACCUGUGUACUGUUGCCACAGCAACUCAGUGAAUCAGAAAACAAAGGUUCAGAUAAUCUGGCCCGCUGUGGAGCUCUGGAGAGUUUAGUGGAGAGUGGCGCACUGGACGACACAUGGGACAAUCAAGCCACAAACAGAAUGAGCACCAUCCGUUUCAUGGAGGAUGACGAUGAUGAAGAUGAUGAAGAGAGGACGCUAUUGCGACGGGCCACGCCCCAUCCCGGUGAGCUGAAGAACAUGAAGAAGGUGGCCGAGAACAUCCGUAAGGACAUGAAUGCUGCCAAAGCCCUGGACUCCAACAAAAACGAGGUCAAUAAUGCUGUGGACCGAGUGACCACGUCUGUGUGAACACUUUAACUCUGAGAUGUCUCUUACCCAAUGUGUCUCACCCUUGAAGCCCCUCCUGCAGAGCCAUUCCUCACCGCCCCUGUUCUCUCCCAGGGUGAAGCUCCCCUUUUGCUCCCCCAGGACCACCAAAGCCCUUUGUCCAGCCCUGCUUGUCCAUCUACUCCUGCCCCGUGUCAGGGACAAACCCCACAACCAGGUGCCUUCUUUUUUAAUGAACUUGCAAAGGAGUGAACCUUUUUACCCUUAAAACUAUUCAAAUCCAGUGCUUUUUUCUUGACACACAAAACAGGUAGUUGCACUACAAGUCUUAGCAAAUAAAAUUUAUAUAUAUAUUUGCUCUUUUUUAAUUUUGAAACACUGGGUGCAUUUCUUUCUUUUUCUAUGGUGAUGCAUGGAGCGCAGGCAUUUUGGGCCUGUAAAAGAAUGAUUGUGUAAUUGCUUGUGAAUAUUGAUACUUUUAUACUUACGGCAGCUCAAGUUUUGUACAUUUACAAAAAACGACAAAACAUGUAUUGCCAGUUUUUUAAUCAAUGAACAUUCUUAUUCAAACAAAGUGGCGUUUUUUAUUGUCAUACACAGUUAAAAGAAUCGUUCUCCCAAAAAUGAAAAUUCGGUUACUAUUUACUCAGCCUCAUUAUGCUACAAACCCGUAUGACUUCCUUUCUUCAGCCAUUCUUUCCAUAUAGUGACAUUGAAUUGGGACUGUCGAGCUCCAAAAUGACCAAUAACAUAAUUUAAUUCUCCCAUUUCUCUUGGCCAAAUAUUAUUGAUGUCAUAUCUGAUUUGAGAACUGUGGCAAAGAGGAAGAUUUUCAGUGAAUAAUUACUUUAGUUCCUAACGCAAUGGUAUUGCAUGGCUUUAGAAGACUUGGAUUGUAGCACUGGAUGGAACACUUUCAAUUGCUAUUAACUCAACCAAAAGAUAAAUAUAAAUGAUGAUGAAACCCAAAAUAUUAAAUGGCAUGGAUUAAUAUUUACAAAGUAAAUCAUUAUUUUGUAGAGGGGGGUCAAAAAAAAUAUAUAGACAAUUUUGCUUCAACAAAUAUACCUUAGAAAGGUGGAAGUGUCAUGAUUUUAUUUUCACACAGAACUAGGAGCUAUUACUAAAAAUGGCUCACUUCAGCACCCCUUGUUGUAUUUUGUUGUGUAUUAUGAGUCUAAAAAUGGGGAAAACACUUACAGUAUUUUGUAUUGUUUUUCCAGUGGUUGAAUGCCUGUAACUCUGGAAAUAUAGAAGAUUUUUGGUUUAGCCACUCCCAACUGUGCAAAAACAACACAAAAAGUGUUUUUCCAAUUUCUGAACUCAUACUAUUGGGAUGUAAUGAAACAAAGGGUGCUGAAGUCAACUGAUUUUAGUAGUGGAUCUACCUAUCUCUGUACAAAUAAAAUAAUGAUGCUGCCUCCUUUCUAAGGGUAUUUUUUACCUGUAAUUUUGCUACAAAAUCACAGGCAAAAAAUACAUAAUUAAAAACCAUUUCGACCCCCCUCUACAAAAUAAUAGAUUACCUAGUUAAUAUUAAUCGAUGAAAUUCACAAAAAGUGUUAACAAAAUCAGAAAUUUCAGGCAGGGAAGUUUCUGAAAUUUGGUUUAUUUGACUCCGACUACCCCAUUUGUAAAUAAAGACUUUCAUUUUUGAGUGAACUAUUUCUUUAAUACUUACAUGAACAUGAGGGUGCAGCGUUUGAUUUCAUAAUUUUUUCUUGAGGUUUUUAAUAAUAAUGUGUAAACAAGUUUUGUACUAAAAGUAAUUAAGGGCUAAUGCGGUUCAGUAUCGUGACCUGAAACACUCCUACAUUUGGAUUGAAUGGGGCUAAAGCUGUCCUAAUGACAUGCACUGUGCUUUACUACUUUACAACAGAUAAUUACUUUAUCAACUUUAGCUGCAGUUUUUAAAAUGUGCUUCCAGCUUUGUAAAAUUGGUACAAUGCAGCUCUUUUGUAAUAAAAAUAGGGGUAGUUAUUAUAUCUAUAGCUUUGGUUUAGGUGAGUAGUUUGAACUCACUUUACAACAAUGCUUAGACUUUAUCAGAGUUGGCUUUCUUUCUUUUUUUUUUGGAUAUGGUACACUACAGACUUCAUUUGACAUUGUAUGUUUUUAUUGUAUUCCAAGAAAGACAGACUUUUUUUUUUUUAUGUUUAUUUUGAUCUUUUAAUUAUUUCUUGUCAAAGAUGAAGCUGCACAGAAAACAAUCUUUAAGCAAGCGCUGUUUCUGGGCCAGUAUUUUUAUGACUUUAACCACUGAAAUAAUAAAAUGACUUCAUG